AUGAUGGAGAGGAUAAGAAAAGAAAUGAUUCUGAUGGAAAGGGGACUACACAGUCCAGUGGCAGGAAAGAGGCUCUCCAACCUCUCUGACUCGGCCGGGAACGCGGUGCUUGAGGCCCUGGAAAAUCCUCAGCACGCAGGUCGCCUCAGCCCGAGAAUAACUUCCGCCUCGCUGCAUGGCAGUCUCGGGGAUAUUCCCACCAAAGGCAAGUUCGAAAUCGACAGCUUAUUCGGAGCCCACCACGGCGACAAUACCUCCUCCACAGAAGUGUCGUCCUCCGAAAGCAGGAAGAAAAUAAACCUGUACCCUGAAGUUUCUCCUGACUCCGAUAUGAACAGCGAUGUGGAAGUGGGUUGCCCGUCUCAUCGCUCACCGGGCAGCAUCAGCCAACAGAAGGAAAACAAUAGCAAAGACUUUUUUGAUAAAAAUACCGGGCCGUGCUCAUGUCUCAGCUGCCACAGCAGUCAGGCCGCCAGCGCACUGGGCUCCAGGAGCACCAGCUCUGAUUUCACCUGCACAGCGACAGGGCAGAGGUCCGAGAGCGGAUUUUUGCCAUACUCGGCAGCAGUUCUCAGCAAAACUGCGGUGCCCUCACCGGACCAGAGAGAAGAAAGCGCGCUCAAUAGAUAG